AUGGGAGCUGUAACUACUAGAAGUGCCAUAGGGGUGGAUGUACACAAGGCCUUUGAAGCUCACAAUGUGCCACAAAUUGCUUCUGAUCCUGGCUAUGGAACUCAGGACUUCAUGUUUGCACUGCUGGAUUUUGGACUUCCUUUGGUGUCAAAGCUUUGUAUCACCCUGUUUGUAUUUUUGGGAAUGGAAUCAAUCACCAUUGAAGACGUGACCAUCAAUUUCACCCCAGAUGAAUGGGCCCUACUGGACACACCCCAGCGGAAGCUGUAUAGAGAUGUGAUGCUGGAAAACAUCGGAAACCUGGCAUCUCUUGGAGAAGAAUACUGCAAACAAGGUUUAAUUUUUAACAGAGGUGAAAGAGAAGUCCUACGGAUGGUAGAACAGAGGGAUUUUCCCCAAAAGCAGACUCUAGAAAGGAAGACUACACACGAAGAAGAGGAGAAGUUAAAGACACAAAGUAUGAAGAAGAAGAAAUCACGCACCAUCAAGCCCAGGGAGAACCCACAGUGUGAGGAGAUAGAUUUUGAAGGAAAUCAGUAUGGGAAGACCCUGGCAUAUCCUUCUGCAUUCAGAAGACACAAGAUAAGUAAUUCUGCAAAUGAAUGCUAUGUAUGGGGAAAAAUCUUCAAUCGGUCUUCUAAAUUUUGUCAGCAUCAAACAUCAGAUCCCGGUGAAAAUGUAUAUAAAUCUCAUCUUUGUUGGAAAAGCUUGAAUAAUUUAUUGAACCUGCAAAGUCAUAGGAGAACACACACAGGGGACAAAACUUAUGAAUGCCAACUAUGUGGGAAGGUCUUCUCUCAAUUAUCUCACCUUAGUAUACAUGAGAGAACACACACAGGAGAGAAGCCAUAUGAAUGUCAUGUGUGUCACAAAGCUUUUGCUCGUACUAGUACCCUUAGAAAUCAUAAGAGAACACACACAGGAGAGAAACCAUAUGAAUGUCAUCUAUGUGAGAAGGCCUACUCUCGAUUACAUCACCUGCAAAUACAUGAGAGAACACACACAGGAGAGAAACCAUAUGACUGUCAUUUAUGUGGGAAGGUCUUCACUCAGUUACCUAACCUGAAAAUGCAUGAGAGAACACACACAGGAGAGAAACCAUAUGAAUGUCAUCUAUGUGGGAAAGCGUUCUCUCAAUUGCAUCACGUGCAAAUACAUGAGAGAACACACAUGGGCGAGAAACCAUAUGAAUGUCAUAGAUGUGGGAAGGCCUUCUCUCAAUUACAGUACCUGAGAAUUCAUGAGAGAACACACACGGGAGAGAAGCCAUAUGAAUGUCAUGUGUGUCAAAAAGCUUUUGCUCAUUCUAGUACCCUUAAGAAUCAUAAGAGAAGACAUACAAGAGAGAAACCAUAUGAAUGCCAUCUAUGUGGGAAGGCCUUCUCCAUAUUAUCUAACCUUAGAUGGCAUGAGAAGACACACACAGGAGAGAAGCAAUAUGAGUGUCAUCUGUGUGAGAAAAUCUUUACUAAGUCAUCUAGUCUUGAAAAUCAUAAGAGAACACACAUGGGAGAGAAACCUUAUAAAUGUUAUCUGUCUUGGAAUACCUUCACUAAAACAUCUAGGCUAAACAAUCAUAACAGAACACAGACAGCAGAGAAACUAUAUGGAUGCCACCUGUGUGAAAAAAUAUUCACUCAGACAUAG